AUGACCCCCGCUUAUUCCCUCCCCAUCGUCAACGACGGCAAUGUCGUCGUCGAGCCUGCUGUCGCCCCCUCCACCUCUGCUCCCUCCUCCUCGCAAACAAGCCACAUCCUGCAUCGCUCCCUCCGACGCUCUCCGCAUCGCGUCGUCGCCGCCUCCGGAAACUACCUGACUCUUAGCAACGGGCAAAAGAUCCUAGACGCCACUGGCGGCGCGGCGGUGGCCUGCCUGGGCCACGGCAACCAAUGCGUCAAAGAUGCCAUUGCGCGCCAGAUGGACGAGGUCUCGUAUUGCCACUCGCUGUUCUUCAGCACGGGUGCCGCGGAGCGACUGGGAGACGAGUUGGUUGGGAGUACGAGGGGCCGGAUGAGCAAAGCCUUUAUUGUCAGUUCGGGCUCCGAGGCUGUCGAAGCAGCGAUGAAGCUUGCCAGGCAGUACUUCUUGGAGCUGCCGACCCCGCAGCCGAGCCGUGUGAGAUUCAUCGCGCGGGGCGAAUCGUAUCAUGGGACGACGCUGGGCUCGCUGGGCCUCGGUGGCCAUAGAGGUCGUAGGGCUAUGUUCGAGCCUAUGUUGUCUGAUAAGAUCUCGCAUGUUUCAGCCUGCAACGCUUACCGCGGUAAGCUCGACGAUGAAAGCGACGAGGCGUAUGUGGCGAGGCUUGCAGAAGAGCUUGAUGCCGAGUUCCGGAAAGUAGGCCCAGACUCGGUGUGCGCCUUUGUGGCAGAGCCUGUGGUUGGCGCUGCUCUUGGCUGCGUUCCUCCUGUUCCAGGAUAUUUCGAGGCAAUGAGAGCCGUGUGUGACAAACACGGUGCUCUUCUCAUCUUAGAUGAAAUCAUGAGUGGCAUGGGGCGCACCGGUACGAUCCACGCCUGGGAACAGGAAGGCGUCAUUCCAGAUAUUCAGACGAUCGGCAAGGGCUUGGGCGGUGGUUAUGCUCCAGUAGCUGGCAUUCUUAUUAACCGUCGCGUGGUGGACACCUUAGAUAAAGGCACUGGCAGCUUCUCCCAUGGACAAACGUAUCAGGGCCAUCCGAUCGCCUGCGCCGCAGCGGCAGAGGUUCAACGUAUUAUCCGAGAGGACAAACUCGUUGACAAUGCCCGUGAGUUGGGCGAGCAUCUCGCUUCUUUGCUGAGAAAGAGUUUGGGUGAUCAUCCGAAUGUCGGCAAUAUCCGCGGACGUGGUCUGUUCUGGGGAUUGCAGAUUGAGUUCGUCCGAAACAAGGCCGCAAAGCAACCUUUCGAUCCGACCGACGGUGUGGCCAUGAAAAUCCAUGAGAAAGGCAUGGAACCAGAAUAUGGCAUCUCGAUUUACCCUGGCUCUGGUUCUGCCGAUGGUAUAUCCGGAGACCAUGUGUUGUUGGCGCCAGCGUACAACGUGACGAAAGCGGAUAUCGAGUUGAUUGUUCACCUGACAGAGAGGGUUGUCAAAGACUUUUUCGCAGGCUUCUAAACCUUAUAACGGGAUCGAUAAAGGUAAAAUGAAACUUUGCCCCGAUUCUAUGGAAAGAAUGCUGCUCAACUGCACAAUGACGACUCGUAAUUCCGGCGUCGAGAGAUGUUGCAAGGAAAACAAAAGACGGAAAAGAAGGACGUCUUUCUGGAGAAUAUAUGUUCGGAUCGGGGAAUGGGAAGGUCGAUGACAUAAGAGUCUUCUUAUAGAGACGCAAGUGGUUUAGGUUGACAAAGAUUAGUUG